AGAAUCUAUGUGCAUCGUCAGUUGUUAGAUAUAAUAUUCCCCAGUUUUGACUGAAGAUAACAUUCAGUGACAGCAUCCGGCAAAAGUGGACAUCAUCUCCUGGUGAUAGCAGACAAAAAAAAUCACGCCCAUCACCGUUCUUUGGACAGGCACAUAAAAAAAACGCUUCUAAACGAACCGGAAGAAAUGUUUUUGCUGAAACUACUGACGGCCGCUCGGCAACCCGUCAAGGGAACGUCCCGGAUGGCCGCCUCUCUCGGUUUCGUGGGAACCGCCUUUGUGGCCAUGCACAUGCUCUCCACUAGCAGUGUCUUCGCAUGCGCCUCUUCACCACCGGCCGCGUCAUCGAAAUCGGCACAAUCGGUCUACGACUUCACGGCCACCGACAUCGACGGAAACGCCGUUUCUCUGGACAAAUACAAGGGCCACGUGCUCCUGAUCGUCAACGUGGCCUCCAACUGUGGCUACACCGAGAAGCAUUACGCCGAAAUGAACGAACUGUACAAGGAAUAUGCCGAUUCUCAGGGACUUCGCAUCCUGGCCUUCCCGAGUGAUCAGUUCCACCAGGAGCCGGGAACCAAUGCCGAAAUCAAGAAGUUUGCCCGGGAAACGAAGGGAGCCAAGUACGACCUGUUUGCCAAAAUCUACGUCAACGGAGACGAAACUCAUCCGUUGUGGCGCUUCCUGAAGGAUCGCCAAGGUGGAACCCUGGUCGAUGCCAUCAAGUGGAACUUCACCAAGUUCAUCGUCGAUAAAAAUGGCCAACCGGUCGAACGUCAUGGACCGCAAACUAGCCCGUUGGAGUUGCGCAAAAAUCUGGAGAAAUACUUCGCCCAGCAACCGUCUUCGGCUUAGAUUUUUGAACCGCGGAUCUUCGUGUGACACUUGUGUAAAAUGACCAUUGAACGCAUCUAAUGUUUUGACAUUGUUUUAAUAUUAGGUGGUAUGAAUAAAAAAAUAGCAAUUGCUUCGAUAGCUUUUACUCUGCUCGAACUUUUGAAUGGCAACAUUUGAAAGCAUUUGCUCAGCUAGAUAUGAAAAAGCUGAGUAAAACAUUUACUUUCAACCUGCUCCGGAUUAAAAAUAUGCAUGCCAUUCGAAGAUAUUGACUAACAAAACUGCUCGAAAAUAGCAAAAGCAAUUACUAGAGCUUUAUUCAUAUCAGCCAUUGUUAAGCUUUCAAACAACCGCAAAAUGGGGGUUCAAUAAUCGGAAUGUUUAUUUUGUCACUUUAGCUUUUAAUUUUUAAAAAUCUGUUUAAACUUAAUAGGGACAAAAAAUAAGCAUUUUAUAUCCGAUUCAAAGAGCUGAUUCCACAAAUCUAGGGAAUGAAUCAUCCCAGAGGAUGAAAAUCCCGUACAAAAAAAAACUGAUUCCACAAAAUUCCUCAUGGAAAUUCGAUUUCUCACACGAAUAAUCUAUCGAACAAAUCUUUUUAGAAAUACAGAAUCAGAACAAAUUUUAAUAUAAAAACAACACUCUGAGAGAUGAAUCAUCCUUCGGGAUGAAAAUCCAAGAAAAAAAAUUUAAAUAAUACUAAGUAAAAUUCAAAUAUUUUGAAAUCUCGUGGAUAUUUUGAGAUAUAUUUUCACGAAAAAGUGUCUAAAGAUUUUAAGAAAUUGACGCACGGUGUUUUAAACGAUAUUCAAAUGUAUGUGUGAAAUAUUGAUUAAAGUAUGCAAAACAAAAUUAAUUACUUAUGUUUCUUUUAAAAUCGCUAUUUGCUAUUAUUCCACUGAUCAUAAUUAUUCCUUCAGAUUUAGAAAUUCUUUCAAAUAUAAAAUUAUUUUUCAAUUUUUUAGGACCGUAACUUUUAUAAGACUCAAAAUAUCGGCUUAAAACCUGUUCAGUUGUGUUAUUCGAAUAAAAAUUAAAUUAUUUAAUUAAAUCAACAAUUGCUUUUCUCAUUUUGAAUCAUGCAUUAAAGGGUUAUUUUUACAUUUUACCCACAGCUCCUAGACACAUACACAUCUAUGAAGGUUGCGGGAAAAUAUUUUACUUAUUAUAAAUCACUCCCCAUUUUACGGUUAAAAAAAUUAAAAAAGGUUAAAAUGAAACAAAAAUAUAAGAUUGUUUAGCAUAAA